UAUCAAGAUACCACGAGAGCCAAUGAAACACCGGCGUCACGGCCGACACGUGGAGCGACGAGCGAUGGCCCUUCCCGGCGCGGUCUGGGUCCGCGUCUAUGCGUUCCUCGAUGGAGACAGCCUCGUGUACGUGGGCCGCGCCUCCAAGCAGCACCGAGAGAUGCUCCGGGCACAGGUAUAUCGCUGGAGGCAGAUCCAAUGCGGGCUAGGCCUCGGCAACUGGCUGCGGCGCGAGGCCUGCCUCGCCAUCGACACCUGCGCCCAAGAAGCACAGAGCCACGCCAUUCGCCGCAGCGACGACGUCCGUGUGCCACCACGCGUCGAAACGAGCUGGGUCGAGCUCGGGCCCAUUGAGCCAGAGCGAUCACUCCACGGCAUGAGUACGCCUUGCUAUGCCGGUGCAUCUAUGGUCGUGUUGACGUUUGACUGCCGACGCGUCCAGCCUGCGCCGAUGCUGUUGCACACGACAAGUCACGCGCGAGCGCUCUACUCGACUCUGUCCUUGUCUGUCAAAGGACGGUCGCUCCGGCAGCAUCUGUACCACAAGACGAUCGGCGACCUCACCACCGUAUCGGUGGCGAACAAGCACGCGAUGACAAAAAUGGGUGACGUCUAUCAGUGCGACGUUGCAUCGACCGACAAGUCGUGUCAGCUGCAGCUCGGCCUGCCGUCUCGGCUCGACGGCAUGGUCGACUGCUUUCACAUCGAGCGCGUCACCUUCUUCUUGCACAAGCACGAGCUCUUUCCCUCUGUACCCCGCAGCAUCGAGGCAUCGUCGGACGUUGUGCGUGCCGAGCUCGCCUUCUACGACAUCCGUCAGCGAGUAUGCCAGCUGCAAGUGACGCUGCCGUGUCGCCUUGUACUCGAAACUCCUUCACCUUCAUUGCCAGCCACCCGCAGCGUGGGGACCGACACGGAGCCGUUUGAGAUUCGAACCUUCUCCAGCCUGUCGCCCGCCAUCGUAUCCGACAUCGCUGCACUGGACGCGCCGGGCUUUGUGAGCUUCGUGCUUCGAACACCUUGUCGACAGACAAGCUACUACCAUGCCGUCGUUGGGCACGGUGGCGGCCAGCGCAAGACCGGCGCGACCAAGCUCGUCUCGGCUUUGUGGGUGCCGGGUGUCUUGACGUUCGCGAUGCAUCCGGGAAGCACGACCCGCCGCGUUUUGAAAGGGCGGUUGACAUGCGAGUACUCGUCCGAGACAGGCACGCUUCAAUCCCUCCAGAUUGUUGCGCAGCACUUGCGCCCAGCGCGGCUCGAGCGGUAUGCUGCGACGCUGACGUCGUAUACGAUAUGAUACAAAACGCAUUAAGCCUAGUCACUACAACUUGUGCUUGUGGAUGC